CCCCCUCCCCUUCUCCCUUGCUCUCAUCCCGCGUUUCUGUAGACAGCAUCCUCGCACUGAGCAUGUGCGCUGCAUCCCUUCCCCUCCUCCUCCUCGGGUACCAGCUCGGCGACAAGGUGCAGUGAGCUCAGCAGCGCCUUCCAGUCCAGCCCAGGAAAGGGCUGAGCCGGAGCCCUGACUCCCCGGCUAGGAUGGAAUAAGCAGGAGAGCCCCACGCACACAGCCUGCCCGGGCAGGAGCCAUGCACUCCGGCGUGGAGUUAAAGAGAGCCAUCUCUGCCAGCAUGGAGGCAGAGAAACCAAUGAGACGUUACGGGGCAGUGGAGGAGACCGAGUGGAAAGCUGAGGGGCUGAGGAGAAAUCAACUUGACAUCAUCUCAAUGGCUGAAACAACAAUGAUGCCUGAGGAAAUCGAACUGGAGAUGGCGAAGAUCCAGAGGCUUCGGGAAGUCUUAGUCAGAAGAGAAUCAGAGCUCAGGUUUAUGAUGGAUGACAUCCAGCUGUGCAAGGACAUCAUGAACCUUAAACAAGAGCUGCAGAAUUUAGUAGCAAUUCCAGAAAAAGAAAAAACAAAAAUGCAGAAACAAAGGGAGGAUGAAUUGAUUCAGAAAAUCCAUAAACUGGUGCAAAAGAGAGAUUUUCUUGUAGAUGAUGCAGAAGUUGAGAGAUUAAGAGAACAAGAAGAAGAUAAGGAGAUGGCUGAAUUCCUUCGGAUCAAGUUAAAACCUUUAGACAAAGUAACACACUCUCCUGCCAGUACUCCAGCAGAAAAGAAGGCAGAACCUCCUCCAAGCAAGCCCACCGUUGCCAAAGCAGGAAUAGCAAUUAUUAAAGAUUGUUGUGGAGCCACACAAUGCACCAUCAUGUAGCUCCAGGUUCUCUACCAAGUCUAUCUUUACAAAUGUUUUCAUUGGAUAAAACUGUAGGGUGAAAGGAUUUUAAAGCAGCCUGAUAAUCGAAUCAAGAAAUACUGUAAACAUUACAGUAACGUACUGUAUGUACCAAUGGUGAAUACUUCACUGUUGCAUGGAUCACUCAAUGCGCAUGCUUAAAACAAAAGAAUAUAUAUAGCAGUUGUCCAAUGACCAGAAAAGAUAUGUAAAAAUAGCUAAAAGAACAAUACAAUUCUGUGGCAAGUGAUUUAGAAAAGUGUAUAUUUUACCAAACAAUGUUUAAAAUAGUGGUUUUAAAAAUUCAGCACUUUGUAUAAUUUGUUACACACUUUUUUCCCUUGACAAAUUUCAUUCAAACACAUGCCAAGGUCUGAAUAUAAAAGUAUCCUAUCUUGGCUGUUUUUCAAAAUGAAAUCUCAGAGUACUGAUACUGUACAUAGUACAACUAGUAGGCAAAGCAAUUUAGUAUAACUGGUGUUGCAUAGAAAAUAUUUACUGAACUAGUAUGACAUUUGGCUACUUUGCUGUGUAGUUUCAUUUCCAGUUCUUCAUAGGGAACAGAUAAGAACAACUGAGAUCCUGCUCAUUGGCUUGUAUUUUAUUGUGACAUUUUAAUGAUAAGUGAUCAAAUGUCCUAUGUUACUUUUAAACAACCCAAUUCAAAUGGAAAUUAUCUAUCCGUUUGGAAAUUGGUUUCAGCUAAAUUCUUAGCAGGCACAGCUACAAUAUUGGUGUAAAUUCAAACACUGCAUCAUUUAUUGGCUUUUAAGCCCUCCACCUUGCAGAGAUGUAAUAAUACUGAGAAUACAGUCAACUAUGUUAAAACCACAACUAAAUGCACUAAGAAAUUAUGUAUCACAGACUAAAUAGAUUGCUGUCCAAAAGGGAAGAAAAACACGAAGGCAGCAGGAUCAUUUCACUUAUGAAGCAGGGUGCUAAAAUGGGCUAUUAAUCAGAUUCUUAAUGGCUAUGGGAAACAAUCGCUGUCAAGCAUUAUAAAAAGACAAUACAUCUCUGAACUCUGCCUUCAAGAUUAAAAAUAAGCUUAAAAGAUGAUGUUUUUGCUUGUAACAAGUUAGCAAUACAUAAAAAGUGGUUUUGAAAUUAAG